AUGUUCGACUCCGCUUCUAGCUCUGCUUCGGACUCCGUUUCGGACUCUGGUUCCGACACUGAAGGCCCUGAGCUGCCCUUCCGCAGCAACCGCAGCUCUGCUAGACGCAGACGCAGAUGGCGUUGGAUGCAAGACGGGCGCCUCUUCGAAGACGGUAUCCCUUAUUAUUACGAUGAUGACUCCGACGAUAGCUCCGAGAGCGUGUCUUCUGAUCAGUGGGCCAUGACCCUUUACGCUACCCCAGAGCAGCUGAGCCACCUGCCUCCUCUCCCUCUCAAUCAGUCGAACUACGUCGUCGACGAUACCUCUCCUACCCACACCUUCAACGCCGUCUCCAGAUCUUCUGUGUUCACAGAGUCUGAUUCUGAGGGUUCCGAGUCUAAGGACAGCCUCACCAACACUAUCUUCAAUCAUGCAGACUUCAAAGAGACCGAUUCCAAUGUCUCUGAGGACAGCCUUGUCAACAUUUCCCCCUACCCUCGUAUCCUCAAGGCCAUUGCCCCAGAGGGUAAAGAGGACCACCCCUUCGUGCUCGAUAUUGCACGCACAGUCACCGGUCUUGAACAAGCGGUCCAACUGGCGAACAAGGUCAAAGCCAGAGAGCAGGGACUAUCUGCCAGCAACAAUGACUCCCAGUCAACGGAAGUCUCGAUUGCUGGUCGCAUGCCUUCACACUGUCUCAAAGCCAUCAAGGCCUUCAUCGAAAUCGCUGUAGGAUUUGAAGGAAGCGAUACCAUGGAGGCAGCUCGCAAGUACCUCAACAGGAUCAAAGCUCUCAAGCAUCACAUCGAGAUGGAAGCUCGCAAGCAGCACAUCGAGACGGAGACUCGCAAGCUUCGCAUCGAGACCGAAGCUUACAAGCAGCGCAUCAAGAUGGAAGGUCGUAAGCAGAAGAUUGAGAAUAUCAAGGCGAGAGCCAGGUUGGUGGUCUCAAUUGUCGGGUUGGCCAGCCUCGUUUACUACGGAUACCUUUUGGAGGCUCUUCCCUGCGUCCCUGCCUGGGCUUUGUUGGCCUAUUCGGUCUUUUACCUGUAA